GUAAUUGGGAUAACGACAAGCGCGGUAGAAAAAGCUGAAGUUCAAGAAAUAUUAAAAGAACUAUCUCAGAAAGUAAAAUAUAUAAAAUCUCUCAUCAAAAUGAGGUUUACAUUGAGCAUCCUGGCACUCUGUGGAUUGAUAGCCUUCGCCUGUGCUGCGCCGCUCGAUGACCCAGCUGCUGCCCAGAUUCUACGCUAUGAUAACGAGAACGUCGCUGAUGGUUACAAAUUCGGCUAUGAGACUAGUGAUGGUGUGUCGCGCCAGGAGGAGGCUGAACUAAAGAACGCCGGCACCGAACAGGAGGCCAUUUCUGUGCGCGGAUCAGUUAGUUGGGUGGCACCGGACGGUCAGACAUACACGUUAAAUUACAUCGCCGAUGAGAACGGUUUCCAACCACAGGGCGAUCAUUUGCCGCAUGUUUAAUGUUGCGCAAUAGAGGAGAUACUUUGAAAUUAAUCGUUUUUAUAUGCAUGUAGUUAGAGUGUAAAUAUACAAAAAUAUGAAUUGUUAUACAAUUAAGAAACA